AUGUCGUCAAUUUCAGGAUACUGCAUGAUAUACGUAUUCUUCUUUUUCAUUGUUAGUCUGGUACUGUUGGGUGUAUUUUUGGCCACCGGCUACCUGUGUUAUCUUGUACGACAUUCCAAUCAUGGGAAGAAGACGUUGAGUCCGCGUUCAAAAACUGUGUCCUUGUGCUGCGUGAUGGGCUCUGGUGGCCACACUAUGGAAAUGCUCGAAUUACUGAAGAACCUCAGCGCUCAGUAUACUCCUCGUUGCUACGUGGUAGCUGACACAGAUCAAAUGAGCCAGGACAAGGUAGUCGAAUUUGAAAGGCAACGUGAUAAUGGUUCUUUUGAAGUUUGUCGGAUUCCUCGAAGUCGUGAGGUUGGGCAAAGUUUUUUGACAGCAGUACCGACAACGCUGUACUCUUUCGUUCAUGCACUGCGUAUUGUAUGGAAGGCUAGUCCCGAUCUCCUUCUUGUAAACGGUCCUGGGAGUUGCAUCCCAGUGGUUUUUGCUGCUGCAUUUUUCGACAUGGUACGCCUACGUGAUACGGUUAUAAUUUACGAAGAGUCAAUUUGUCGUGUUGAAAGCCUGUCCCUGUCCGGGUCCAUUCUCUACUUCCUCGGCUUGGCUGACGAUAUCGUUGUUCAGUGGAAACAACUGAAGGAGAAAUACCCAAGGACGACACUAAUCAGUGACCUAAAGUGA